AACCUCUGCUUUUGCAACCGACGAACCGUUCAGUCCGUUCAACAAACACAAGCGUAUAUGAACCAGACAGUUACUAGAUUCAUCGGGCUCCGUAAUAUAACAAUCGCCAACAGGUGGCAGGUAGUUUUUAUUUAUCAACUACUACGUGUAUUUUAUUGUAAAGGAAUUCGUUUAUCGGUAUGUUUCUUAUCGUGAUAGGAUUUAUCCUUUAAGACGUGAAUUACAUUGGAGAUUAUUUUUGAUAUUCCAUAGUGAACUUGUGUUUUGUUAUGUGUGUAUAAUGUAACUAUCGAUAGUUUUUGUGUACAUAUAUUUUACAAUAACUUAGUGGUCUGGAUUAUUGGAUAAAUCUAGUUUUCAAGAAUUGGUAAUAAUUUUUUUAAAGUGGUACUACGGCGAGCAUGAUGCAGAUCACCGAGGAUACACCUCCAGAUAUGUUGGCAGGAGCCAUGGAUCUUUUAGUCCAUUUACCAACCGGUAGAAAAGUUAAAAUGUCUGUUGAAAGAAGUACACCGAUGAUGGAUCUACUAGUUCAAAUAACCACCACACAUCAACUCCAAUUGUCGAAUUACACACUACAGGCACUCGAAAUGGCACCAUCGUCUAAACAUACUGAUAAAAUCCUCCCCUAUAAACCCAAUACUCCAAUUGGAACACUGGAUACCCAACACAUUAAGGUGGUACCAAAAACAAGAACGAUUCCGAUACCAAAAAACGUUCCGCCCGGACAGCAACCUUUCGAGAGUACUUUUCGAUUGAAGGUACAUUUACCAAGGAAUCAACUGUACGUAGCAAGGGUCAGUAGAAAUGUGUUGUUGGAAGAUAUUAUGAAGAGAGUGUGCGAGGAGAAGAAUUUAGAUCCGUUGAAGUAUGAAUUUAAACACCCAGGUAACCUUGACCAAACUUUGGACCCAAAGUUAACACUAAGUGAUUAUCAGAUAACGGAAAUCCACGUAGUAUCAAAAGGAACUCACAGUCUGAGUCAAGCAUUUUCCAGCAACGACAUAAUGGCCUUAAGAAAGGAAGAAGAAAGAAAACAAAUGCACAACAAAACUGGAGGAGGUGUAUUUAAUUUAAUCUUCAGAAGAGGAAAAUCGAGCAUGGGCUCUGGUUCAAUCUCCAGUGAUACACGUUCAAUUUCACCCACUCACAGCGACGAUUCUCGUUCUGUAACUCCUCCAGCAAUCGUUCAACAACCGAUCCUGCCGCCACCGAAACAAGAUCCACCACCCGAACGACCUAAACCUCCACAAAGGAAACGAAGACCCGCGCCCAAACCACCGCAACAACAACAAAAACCUCCUAGUGGAGAGGAGGAAUGUAUAGUCAAUGAAAAUAGUAUAGAUUCUCGCAGAAAUUCAGAAGAAAAACCUCCAAGCACCAUUUCGGAAGUCAGUGAAUUACAGUCAAAAAAACCCGAAUCAGGCUUAAUGAUUUGCCAUUCUCGAAAUAGUUCUGAUAGUUCUGGAUACCAUGAAGCAUCUGUUCUUAGUGAAAAUUGUAAUACUUCAUUACCUCGAAGGCCGAAAUCGGCCUUUGUGGGUAGUGGAGAUAUGGAAAAAUUAUCCAAAAUGCGUAGUCAGAGCACGACCAAUUUGUCCAAGAUGGCUUCUCAUUCCAAGAGCACAACGAGCUUAGGAAUGACAGGUCGUAAAAAGAAGGCAGCACCUCCACCCCCACCUGCAGUUAGAGCCUCAAAUCCCUCAAUUAAUCUAGAACCUGCUAGUCCUGUAGUUGCUAGUCAAUCAACCACCCCUACAGAAGCUACACCUGACGCAUCACUGGAUACCUUAGUUGCACCAAAUUUACCUAAGCCCCUUCCCAGAUGUAAAACUAAGGCUCCUCCGGUACCGCUCCCAAGAACUGAAAUCACCACUUCAAAAAAAAUAGAGACAAUAAACGAAGACGUUGAAGAUAAAUUUGAUAAAUUACUCAAAGUGCCUAAAAUUGAUAACAACAACGUUAUAGAAGAAGUAAUCAAAGAAGUAAUAUUUCCUAAGGAAGAAACAAAACCUGAUAUUGAAGAAAAUAGUAAUGAAGAUAUUAAUAAUGAUAUAGUUAAAACUGUACAAGAUAUUGAUGAAAAAGGAUUAGCAACAAUUCCGUAUCACGAAGAUGAUUCUAUUAAGGACCAAACGGUUGAUAAUAAUAACAAUAAGCGUGACAAAAUUGAUGAAAUAAUAGAAGAUAAACCAAAAUUAGCUUAUUCUAAAUUGAUUGAGCUACAAAAAGCGUCACAUGAGACUGUUUUUUCCUCUUCGGCGUUUAAAGUCUCAGAAAAUAUAGUUAAGAAGGAGGAAAAAGAUGUAGGAAAUGUUAAUGACAGGAUAAAAAAUUCUGAAAUUGAAAUAAACGAUGAAAUCAAAGACGCGAAGAGAUUAGCAAUUGAAACCGAGCCAAAUUCAAAAGCAACAAUCGAAUAUAAAAAACGCAAAGAUAACGAAGUUAAAAAGUUACCACCGGAAAUUAUAGCAGUCAUACCGAAGACACCUAACGACAAUAAAUCACCGCAAUCGAACAAAUACGACAGUUUCGGUAAAAGGAGAUUCCAAAAAUUACAAUCGUUGACAGAUUCUUUCGAUGAUGACGCUAAUGCAAACAAAUUUGGUAGUGUAUCCAGUGGAACUUCAAUCUCAUCAGCUUUGGCUACUUUCAAUUUCGUAGACGAUUUUUUAGAUUUGGACGAUAAAGUAUUCUCGGGAUCGAUAUCGGCAAAAAAUGUUUCGUUGAAAGACGAAGUGUUUAGUGAAUUAUACGGGAUACAUAAUCUUGAAGAUAUCAAAAUUGGUAAUAAUCAAUCUAUAAGCAGCUUGAGAAGUUUAAGAAGUCUACCCGGUUUCUAUAAUACCAAUAACGGAUUGAAGAAAUGGAAUAAUUACGAAGAAUUGGAUGCUAUAUCUUUAGCUUCGCAGGGUCCUAAUAGUAGAUGGGUGAUUGGUGAUUCUGAACCAGAAUCCCUAGCAUCACACCAAGCCCUAGAUAGUUUAGCAUCAAUAACUUCUUGCUCCAGUAAUAUUUUAACUGAUGCUAAGGACGAUAAUAAACCUUUCGGUUCCACAGAUAGCGGUAUAGCUCCAGAAACAAGCGAAAAGCUAUCCGAAAUAGAUGAUUUUCAUCCUAUUACUCCUCCACCUCCACCUGUCUUCUCAGAUAAACCUACAGAAAACGAAGAAGUUGAAAGUAGGUUAGAAUUAGAACCAGAAAAAGAAACGAAAAUAGACGAAGAAGAACGAAUACCUUUUCCAGCUAUAGUUGAAGAAGAAAAAAGACUGAUCAAACCUAUUGUUGAACAAGAUAAGGAGGUAUUAGAUGAAAUAGACUGGCAAUAUCAAUUACCUUCGCCACCUAAAGCGUUUCGAGACUCGAGUCCAUUGAGAAACGAAGAGAUUAGCUCUGAAUCACAAUCGGUAACUGAUUUUAAAGAUUCUGUAGUUACUUCUCCGGAACUGUUUGAAAAACUAAAAUCAAUAGAAGACGCUCAAUCCGUUAGUACUUUUGUUGGCGACGAACCGCCGUUAAAUACUCUAUCCUUAGAGAAUUUAGAAAAAAGGAAAACUUUGGUAUACAACAGAGAAUUAUCGACUAGUCUGAAGAUGAACGAAGAAGAUGCAUUUUCGAAUUCUUUAAAUAAAUUCGAAAGUACUUACAUGGAAGUACAAAAAUCUAGUCAAAAAGAAGUAAGAGAACAUAAAUACGUUCCAAAAACAACCAACACUUUACCUAACUUCAAAAUAUCUACUUAUGAUAGACCAAAGCAAAAAAUAAAAGUGUUUGAAGAUGAUACAAUAAGAAGUAACACAGAAUAUAUUAAUAAAACUAAAGAAAAUAACGUAGAACGGUUCUCUUCUAAUUUAAACAGAUCUUAUAUAACUACAUCUAUGGAUAAUAUAGCCAUUAGACGAAAUUUCAAUAAUCGUACUGAAGAAACAUUCUCUAAACCGGAUAGAUUCAAUUCAAACUACGCACCAGUUUCGAGCGUUUUUAGAUCCGAAUCAUUUUCAACCGAAAACACUUGGUCCACGACAAAACCCGUCUCAAGAUCCAAAUCUUUCUUAACGUUAAACGGGAACGCUAAAUUCAGACCAGAAAGGAAAUUUAGUGGCGACGAAACCAUGGAAAGAAGCAAUAGCUUAUACGAUGUAUCAGGACUUCAAAGUUUGGGGGUCAUGAGGCUUAUUCAAAAUAAGCUAAACACACCAACAGCAUCCCUUGAAAAUCUGCAUGUUACAGAACAUAACAGAACAAAACCGAAUCCUCCAAAGGAAAUCUCACAACCAAAAUUAUCUCAUUCGGAGUCUAUCCAGAAAACCACCACCGAAAAAAUCUACAAGUAUCAAGGACCUCCCGCUAUCAAUAUGGGUACUUGGUCGGAUCGUCCAAAAGUACCAGUUAGUGUAAAAGAAGACGAGGAUUACAAAUUGGGAAAUAAUAUAUCUUCGAAACUAAUUGUUAAUACUACUAACAACGAUAUGUCCAGUAGUAAUAGUAUAGAAAUAAAAAAUAAUAAGAAACCAGAACAUCCUAACGAACCCAAUAUCAGCAUUAAAGUUAACGGCACAGAAGUACCUAAUACUUCUGCUGAAAAUAAAACUGGCAACGUCGUCAUUAAGAUAGCUCCCAACAAUAGUAACCCGACGCAUAAAACCAUGGAUAAUCAAAGGUUCUUUGACCAUACAACGCCGAUGGGCUAUAGGAAACCCUUCACCGACAUCAACAAAACUCAACGGCCGUAUUCCAUCGCUUUCAGUUCAGAAUAUGACAUAUCCAGAGUACCGGUGGUACGAUCUGUUGAACUCAAAAAACCUUACAGAGAUUUUGGUAACACUAGCGUUACACAAAUCAAUCAAGAACCUAUAAUCGAAACCAAACAACAAAACGGUUUUUUGGAAGAUAAAAAACCCGCUCUAAGAUCACGCGUUUUCAACUCUAAUGGAGCACCUGUUGUAAGAGGAUUCAAACCUUUACCGAAAGAUAACUUUGAACCGAAUUCUCAAGUACCUUUCUCACAAGUCACUUUGAGAAGAACGAAAUCUAAUGUUCUAGAUGAAAAAUCCAACGAAACUGAAGUAAAACCACCUCCUCCGCCCGUGAUGCCAAAAGUUAUCCUUAAGAAAUCGACCAUAAAUAAGCCAGUUGAACCGGUUUUAGAUCCUAGAGAACAAUUAUUGUCAGCAAUAAGGAGCUUUGGUGGUAAAAAAGGGCUAAAAUCGGUAAAAGUAUAAUUUAGUUAACCCUAGUCAUGUAACAUCUUGUUGAUUUUAUUUUAGUGUGUUUUUAUGAACGAAUAAAGAGGUAUUAUAUGAGUAAAAGUAAAAAUGUUUGGUUGUCGAUAAAUAUAUCUCCCAAAAUAUAUUGUACACAGUGCAACGUUGCCGAACUCUGUGAGUAAUAUUGAUAUUGGGUAAAUUUGAAACAAUGAGGUUAUGUUGAUAUCGACAAAAGUAUAAUUUAUAUAUAUAUAUAUAUAUAUAUAUAUAUAUAUAUAUAUAUAUAUAUAUAUAUAUAUAUAUAUAUAUAUAUAUAUAUAUAUGAAUGAACAUGUUGAAAUUAAUUCAACUACAAUUUCUACAUCCACUCCAAAUAAUCUACUUCAAUUUCUGCUAGAUAUAAUUUCAUCAUUUCAUUUUUGAGAUAACAGUAGUACUCAGUAAAGAAGCUAAUAAGGAUGUGUGACUUGUUUUUGUUAAGAACCAAUCACUUUUUGGAUUUAGUGGUACUAUUAUUCCUAAAUGCCUUUUUGGAUUGAUCCAGCCCUAGCGCUUAUCUCUGGAUUUCCUUCCUACUCCACUGAAUACUAAGUACUAAACCAAUUAAAUGCGUUAACGAUCAUUUCCCGGACAGCGUAUUGGUCUCUUCUGUUUUUUCAAACAUCCUCACCAAAAAAUCAGAUUAAAGAGACUGGGUUUUCUUUUCCAGUUUUUGUUUUCUUGAUCAGAAUGAAUCACUCUAUUACUUUUCUGGCUCUAUCUUCAUUUCCAAGCAACAAUUCUUUCAUCUUCCAAAAAUGCUGCUACUUCACUUCAAGAAGUAGUUUUGGAUCGAUUUUAACAAUUCCAAAAAUUCUGUAUCUUAUGGCAGAAUCAGAGGUAUUGUGUCUCAGAAGUCCUUUUGACCUGAUUCAAUCUAUUGCUGGGACCUCUCGACCAUUUGGGAUCUCUGGCAGAAUCAUAAAUGACUAUUUGGUCCUAAAAGCACUAUCUUAAAAACUAGAACAAAAAUGCAUGAUUACAUUAAUUUGAACCAAAAAAGGUUAUGCUUGAUUGUAACAUUAAUAACUUAUGGCUAAAGCAUUAAUAUCUGCCCUAGAGCAAAUAUCAAGUAUCACUUGUAACUCGUGGGAAAAGUAUAGUGUACAACACGUGCGGAAACUUGGCAUUCAAUGAAAGUUUCUUUGGUGAAACUUUAAUUUCAUUUGCUCUGUGUACAAUUUGUUGAUGCGAAUUAUGAAAAUUAACAUUAUGUAUCCAAAUGUCUGCAAAGUAUAAAUUAUAUAGUUUUAAUAAUAAUCUUUUAAAUAAAAUAGAAACAAAUUAUUUUAUCUUAUUAUGUUUUUGAUGAAAUAAAGUAUCGAAUUUUUAAUAUAUAUGUAUAUAAAAAAACCUAUUUUAAGACUAAAACUCGACAAGAUGUUACAUUUGUAUUUGUAAAACCUGUAUAUGUAUUUACUGGAUAAACUGUAGUCAUUUGUAUUAUGUUUAAAGCUCAAUAUAUAAACUUAGGCUUGUACAUUUAAUAAUAAUGUAAAAUAAGUACAUACUUAAAACACGUUUGUCUUAUUAUAUUCAAUCAUUUCUUGUUUUAAAAUCAAUUUAGCAAGAUAUAGAACUUAUAGGGACCAAAGGUUUUGUGGAAUAUUUUUAUUUAUUUGUUACAUACUCAGUAGUGUAUUGUUUUAAAAUUAUAAAUUAUUUAAUUACUA